AUGGAAGCCAUGGCGAUGCAGCCAACAAAGAAGAAGCGCAUGGCCAGCUUGCCGCAAGAUAUCAUCGAACUGAUACUUUUGAGGCUUCCGGUGAGCAAUCUGCUGCGGUGCCGCGUUGUCUGCAAGCAGUGGGAUGGCAUCAUUCGGGAUCCGCAGUUCACCAUGGCACACCUCCGGCACGCGCAGCCUCGACCCCUUCUAUUUUUCCAACGAGGCGCGACUUACGGCAAGUCCUUCCCUAGCGAAGCGGUCCUCUUUGAUGAGGCCUGGUCGCCGUCGACAUGGGAUGUGCCCGUGAUUGAGCCUGAUGAUUUCUUGUGCGCUUCGUGCAAUGGCCUUGUUUGCUUGUACUCGGAUAAAUCAACCAUCAAGAUAGCCAACCUUGCCACCGGUGAAUGUAUGCACCUCGCCAAACCUGUGAAGCUUCACUCGAGGGUUGAUCACCAUUUGUUCUACAGCUUUGGUUUCAGCCCAGCCACAAACGAAUACAAGAUCUUGCACUUUCUUCCGGGCGAGGAGCGCCACCAUGUCGGUGGUUCCUUCAGUGUCAUUCAAGUUUACACGCUGGGCGGUGAGAAGUGGAGGGACGUCAGAACUGAACAAGCUCUGAGCUUGUUCUGUGUGAAACAAACUGGGGUCGUCAACGCUGACGGAGCAAUGUACUGGCUAACCAAAGACGAAGAAAGCAGCUGGCGACGGGCCGUCGUAUGCUUUGAUCUCGGAGAUGAAUGUCAGAAAUUAAUACGGUUGCCCGAGGUUGUUUUUGCGGAUCCUGCAUUUGGUAAUCCGUUAUUUCGGAUCACGGAGAUAGAUUCCAAGGUGUCCGUGGCUGCUGUUCAAGCCAGAAGAGAUUCCGGGCUUGCACGGAGGUUGUAUGUUUGGACACUUGACAACAAGGAGAAGCAAAGCUGGAUCCAGAAGCAUAGUAUUGAGUUAUCAGCACUUGACAUUCUAAGACCGCAUUUCAUCUACGGGGAUAAGAUUGCCAUGCAUAGUGGUAAUGAUGGCAUAUACUGCCAUGAAUUGACUAGCCAGAAAUUUACGAUUGACGUAACCAAGUUGGCAAAGCUGUUAGAUUUCAGCCCCCGCUGGAACGGGCAUAUGCAAUCCUAUAUGCAUGUGAAGUCACUUGUGCGGUUGGAUGCAUACAAGAAGGCCGGCAUUGUGCGCACGCCAAGGCGAAAAGAGGGUUGGAGAUUGAAGAAGUGGGAGGCGUGGGAACACAAACGCUCUGAGGUGGAGGAGCUGUGGAGAGCCGGCCAUGGGAUUCAGCAAAGGAUGCAUGAAAUGGCACGUAUGACGGGCGUAGCCAUCAGUCUGAACUUGCCUGCCCCGCCAGAUCAGCAGGAUAGCCCCCUCCGAAGGCUUAAUUGGGUGGAGCAGAGACGGGUGGUGAACAUGCUGAAAUCUUAUCUUGAGGGUUUGGAUGCUCCACGGACGGUCAUAGCGCAGGCAGCGGACACGGCCUGUGGUGAGAAAAAGAAGAUGACCCUAGCGGCAGACCACACAAAGAAGGAGAGGAGAGCGAGGCCGGCCCAUCAAGGCCCAAGCGAAAGAGGAAGCCCAGCUCCAGGUUCGAUUCGUCGACGUGGACAACCUGAUUCUGCAGCGCCGUGCCCGGUUAUUGGACACAUGUUAGUACUGCCCUGA